GUCCUUUCUUGACACUCCAGAAACGACUGUGCGCUGCGCAUCCAAAAGGCUUGGUUUUAGCCGUGUGAACUGGGCACACGCAGUCAGUGGUGUCUGAAGGGGUCCCAGGUCUGAAGACCUCUUGCUCGAAACUGCAAGAGUGAGGAGAGUGCUACCAUUGCCCUCAAGUCCUGCUUGCAAGCUUCUCUUUGGGGGGCACCGUGUUAAGUCACUGUGGGAACGAGGUGGUGGAGCAAUGCAUCUGUGGCCUGAUCCAGCCUUUGGAGCCAGGCAAUUUGGGCCAUAUUACGCCGAUUCGGCUGCGGUUUUUGCCAGUUGCUUACUUGUUUCCAGGCCCAAAUCUGGGCGCUGAUUUUUUUAACCCUUAAACAUCCUGAGCCGGAGCGUGGUACCUUUGGCCAUCCCAGGGACGACGUUGCCAUCGCGACCAACCCUUGACGUGACUUUCCCCUUUAAACAGGAAGCCACAUUCCAGCCUCAGAGUUUUCUGUGCUCUCCAUCUACCACCUCAGACCCUCUCAUCCAUCCACAUUCCCCCCUCCUCAAGCGGAAACUUUUCUUGUGGCUUUUUCAUCUUCUCUCUGCCUUUCUCGUUGGCCUUUUGCGGGUUUGGAACUUUCCAAGUCGCUGCCGUCUCUCUCUUACUCCAACCCCCCCCCCCCAAAAUUACAACCGGAGUUUCUGAUUGGCCGUUGGGAGCGCCAGUCUGUGGGGUGCUGUGUCACCUGUCAGUCUGCUGCUGAUGCUGCCUUUUUUAAAAAAGGAAAUCUGACUACACACACACACACACUCCCAAAAAGCACUUCUCGCUCGUUGCAGCUGAUGCCCAGAGACGAGCAGGUGUUGCAGAAACAAACCACUGGCAGUCCCCCUCCCCACAAGCCGUCUUCACCAUGCGAGCCCAGAUCGAGGUGAUCCCCUGCAAGAUCUGCGGAGACAAGUCCUCCGGGAUCCACUACGGCGUCAUCACUUGCGAAGGGUGCAAAGGUUUCUUCCGGCGGAGCCAGCAAGGGAACGUGACCUAUUCUUGCACCCGACAGCAGAACUGCCAAAUAGACCGCACCAGCCGAAACCGGUGCCAGCACUGCCGCCUGCAGAAAUGUCUCAGCCUCGGCAUGUCCCGGGACGCGGUCAAAUUUGGCCGGAUGUCCAAGAAGCAGCGGGACAGCCUCCAUGCUGAAGUCCAGAAGCAGCUGCAACAGCAGCAGCAGCAGGACGGAGAGGCUUCGCCUUACUCCCUGGGUGUCGCCAACGGGCAGCUCAAGUUGGCUCCCCCUCCGGACCUCCUGGAGGCCUCGGCCUGCUCCACCACCGCCCUCCUGAACGGGCAGGUGCGCCUCAGCCAGUGCCCGGACGAGACGGCUGCCUUGGCCUACUCCAACGGACUUGCCAAGGCCCAGAGCAUCCUGGGAGAGGACCUGAGGGCCCCCUUCACCAAGGAGUACAGCCCUGAGCGCAUCAAGAUGGCGAGCCGGAGCAGCGUCUAUUACCCCCUGGGGACGCAGGCAUCGCCGGAGCUCUCGCACCCGGACGCCCAUGGGGCGAAGCGGCCGGCAUGCGGUGAGGGAGAGAGCCUCGACUUCUACACCACCCCCAGCUUCACCAGCCUCUUGGAGUCGCCAAACUCGUCCCUGACGGAGAUCGAGCACCUCACGCAGAACGUCAUCAAGUCCUACCGAGAGACGUGUCAGCUUCGCCUGGAGGACCUCCAGCUGCUGAGGUGGGAGACCUUCACCCGGGAGGAAGUGGGGAGCUACCAGAAAAAGUCCAUGGAAGAGAUGUGGGAGCGCUGCGCAUGCCGCAUCACCGAGGCCAUCCAGUACGUGGUGGAGUUCGCCAAGAGAAUGGACAGCUUCAUGGACCUGUGCCAAAACGACCAGAUCGUGCUCCUCAAAGCGGGUGCCAUGGAAGUGGUUUUGGUGAGGAUGUGCCGUGCCUUCAAUUCCGAGAACCGGACGGUCUUCUUUGAGGGGAAAUACGCCAGCCCAGAGCUCUUCAAAUCCCUCGGAUGCAACGAGUUGAUCAACUCCAUCUUCGACUUUGCUCACAGUCUCUGCGCUCUGCACUUCUCUGAGAACGAAAUCGCCCUCUUCACGGCGCUGGUGCUUAUUAACUCAAAUCGUCCCUGGUUGCAAGAGAAGAGUAAGGUGGAGCGUCUGCAGAGCAAUCUGGAGUUGGCUUUCAGGCACAUGUUACGGAAAAACCACCGGGAAGGCAUCCUGGCCAAGUUGCCCCCCAAAGGGAAGCUUCGAAGCCUCUGCUGCCAGCAUGUGGAGAAGCUGCGUUCCUUCCGCCAGAUGUACCCUAUCAUUGUCCACGCCGUCUUCCCGCCCCUGUACAAAGAGCUCUUCAGCUCGGACUACGACCCUCUACAGGGAACAGCAGGGGAAUAAUCCCCCCGCUCCCAGCAGGGCGAGGACCCCCCCUCUCUCUGCCUUUCUCCAGCUUCUUCUCUGCAACCGACGCCAGAGCAGAAAGGGGCAGGAGAUGGCAAUCAAGACCAAAACACUCCUGCUGCCAUGUAUGCCUGCCCAAAGCGGAGCGGAGCAGCUGGAGCAGAAUGCCUGGGUUUUGUGUUUGAAAGAUCCCCACUUCUGACACCAGCUUUGGUACGCAACCUUGACUGCAUCUCUUCGUCCCUGGAUAAGCACGGAGCGGGCCCACACUACCCCCUCACGGGAAACCGCAGGGCUGAGGGACUAGGCAACGUGUGUGUGAAGCGCUUUGGAAAGCAUUCGGAAGUCUACCGCUGUGGAAGCUUAAAAGUAUUAAGUAAGGGGAGGGUCUUGUGGACAAACAGCACUCCUAAUGUGAGGAAGCUCUUGCCGUGACGCAGUCUCACUGGAGGGGCAAAGUCCAAUUAGCUGCCCAUGUUGUAACGCCGUGGCCAAAAUGGCCCACUUAGGUAGCCAAGAAAUACCUCAUUUUUGCUGCCUAAUGGCACAAGACUCAACCAAGCUGUUUUGUUUGUUUGUUUGUUUCUUGAAACCAAGUUUUUAAGAAAUAAUAUAAUAUAUAUAUAUAUUGUGGACAAAUGUGGUUCUAUAAGAUAGAUCUCUAUUUUUCAGUGUCUGUCCGCUUCUGUAUUUGAUAACGAAAGAGUCUCUUGUCUUUUUCUCUCACUGUGUGUGUGUGUCUCACACACAGACUGACCUCUCGGUUUAGAUUCUAACUCACCAGCAACUUCCAAAAACCAACCACCCCCAAACUCCAAACUUCUUUCACUUUCUUUUGAAACAGGAGGGGGGGGGAUAUUGGCACAUAAGCACCAAACCCAAAUGCUUUUGGGUAACCUUUGCCCAAGCAGUUUCCCAAUGAACCGGAGAAGUUGCCUGAGGUUACCUCACGUCAAAUGUCUCACAAAGUCCAUGCCACCUUCUGCCACGCUCCUUCUGUGCUUAAAACAAGGUUGGGCACAAAACUGUUGACGGAAGGAUGUUGACAGGUUGUGCAGUUUCUGUGAGGGAAGUGAGGAGGUCAGGCUGGCUGGGGAGAAAGCUCCUGUGUGGCUUAAGCACAGAAGGGGCCGUCGUGUUUGUAGGACAGCAACAUAAACGGAAACUGAGGCUGGAGAGGGACUGGUUAGCCCAGGAAGGAGGGGAAUUGCUGCCACACUUGACUUGAAUUAACCAAGUCACAUUUUUCUGUAGCUCCCCACCCCACCCCAAGCAAUUUCCAGUCUUGCUUAACCAGCCCUCACAGCUUUCCUUCAUCGCAAACCACACCUGCACUUAAAAACUUGUAUCAGUCUUAUACCAGUUUAACAUUUGCCUCAACAAAUUCUGGGAAUUGUAGUUUGCACAGGGGGGGGGGGUGUUGAAAAUCCCUUGUCUCUUCUUCCGGAACAGGGUUGAGAAGGGGGAACUGUUACCACUGGGUGAUGCAAAGGCCCCUUUUUCUUGUAUCUUUUGUUAGGACUGUCUCUCAAUUAAAGUACGCUUAGUCAAUUUGUUGUAUGGGUUUGAAUCAGCGGAUUAAAUCUGCCUAUGAAUUACAUGAGAGGUCAGAAAGCAAAAAUAAAAGCAAAAUAAAAACCACCACCCUCCCUUUUUUGGCCAUGUGUUCCCUUCUUUGAUGUGUUCCCUUCCUCUGAUCUGUGGCCCUCCGAACGUUGUUGGACUCUUGGUGUGUGUGUGUGUGUGUGUGUGUGCAUGGGCGUAGGCAGGGGGCAGGAGGGGGCAGCUGCCCCCCCCUAGAAGCAAAAAAAUGUAUUUUACAGACCAUAACCAGCACUUUCCCCCUCCAAAAACUGAAGUGGAAAGGGCUUUGCUUUAGCAAGAGCAGCUAAGUCUCCACUUGCUGGGGGGGGGACACAGCAGUAACAAAAACACAUCAAAUAAAUAAAGCAAAGUGGCUACCAGUAGUUAAGCAGUUAAGACAAUGGAGCAUAUAUCCCCAGGCAAGAUUCGAUAGCUGACCAUUUCACCCUAUUGUUCUUAAGUGGGAGUUGUUAAUGAGCAUUCAGGAGCAUUAAGAGUUCUAUUGGCGAUUUAAUGAGGGUGCAGACUCAGAGGAUUCAAUUUGACUAAGGUGGCUCUGCAAGGCUAAAAAGAAGUGAAUAAGAAAGGGGGGGCUGUAGCUUUGACAGACACAGUGAUGUUUAUAAAAAGCAUUGGUGUUCCAGUCUGCCCCUCCUCCUGCAUCUGUAUACUGUAAAUCAGGGGUGGCCACCUCCCAAGAGACUCUGAUCUACUCAGAGUUUAAAACUGGGGGUGAUCUACCCCCUUUUGGGGGGUUCAGGUCAAAGCUGUUGAGUUUUUUUUAAGGAAGGGAAGCCCUGUUUUUUGGGGUUUAGGUCAAACUUGUUCAGCUUCUUUUAGGAGGGAGGGAGGCCCAUUUUUGUUUAGGGCUUCAGGUCACAGUUCAACUUUUUUGAGGGAGGAGGAAAAUUUUGGGUGAACUUUUUUUAGGGGUGCCAGUGACCUACCAGUGAUCUACCACAGACAUCCAGUGAUCUACUGGUAGAUCACAAUCUACCUGUUGGAUGUGCCUGCUGUAAAUCAAGCAGAGAGAAAGCUGCUUACAAGGCUCCUAUACAUGCAGAGUUCCAGCAUCACAGCGUCACCCAGAGGCACCCACAAAUAUGAGUUAUCCCUCUCUCUAUUUCUUCCUUCCUUCCCUCCCUCUUCCACCCUUAAUAAAAUACGGGGGGGGCAGGUAAGCCCCACAUAGAAAGCCCAUCAACAUGGGGGGAUGACUCUUUCAAAUACGGUAUUUACCAGUAAUUGGGGGGGGGGAGGCACCUAGGCCUCUAGGAGUUGGCUGCUAUGCCUAGGAGUAGGACAAUUCAAGAAAGCAGAACGAUGCAUAUGGUAUGGUAAUAUAUCAAUAGAAUCGUAGAAUUGUAGUCGGAAGGGACCACAAGGGUCAUCUAGUCCAACCCGCUGCAAUGCAGGAUUUUUUUCCUAAGGUGGGGCUUGAACCAUGGUUGAAAUAUUAUGCUGAUAUGCAGCAACGCCUCGGAGCCGUCGUGGCUGCGGCCAUGCCUU